GGGCGGCGCGUGCGCAGGUUCGCGUGCGGGCGCGCGGGCUGCGCGCGGCGGUUCGCGUGCGCGCGCGCGGCGGCGGCGCACGCGCGCGUGGCGCACGACGGCGAGCGCGCGCACGGCUGCGCGCGCUGCGGCGCCGCGCUCGCGUCGCGCUCCUCGCUCGCCAAGCACGAGCGCACCGUGCACCGCGGCCAGCGCCCGCCGCCCGCGCACGUCUGCCACACCUGCGGCCGCGCCUUCCGGGGCAAGAGUGUGCUAGUGAACCACGAGCGGACGCACACGGGCGAGAAGCCGUUCGAGUGCAAGCAGUGCGGACGCAAGUUCACGCAGAAGACGGCCAUGAGGACCCACAUCAACCUGGUGCACCUCAAGAUACGGAGGCAGGCCAAGGUAAAGCCGGAAACGCCGCUGGAAGUCCGCGAACCCAAAAUCGAUUUAUUUACUAAGGAAGACCAACCCCUCGAGUUUGAAAGCUGGAAUCGACCACAGAUGGCGCCCUGCGACGUCUAUUUCCAGGUCACCGCUGGACCUUAGGAGUCAAUGUCGACUGGGUUUAAGACAAGGCAGAUUUACAUUGAGUUAUUUAUAUAUUUUCAAAAUGGCCGCCGUUACAUCAUGGCGGAUUGUGCCUACAUAUUUUGUCAACCCUCUCAAUAUGGGUAUCAAAUAAAAGAGUUUGAAGAAUGGAUAAUGAUAAAAUAAAUAACAUGAUUUUAAAACAGCCGCAGUUGUAAGAUGGCGGAUUAGUUUAUAAAAACUUGUCCCGUAUGGAAGUCACUUCAUUAAUACGAUGUGUUGUCGUUUAAGUUGUGUGCCAACAGUGGCGCUACUUACGCAAAGUAUUACGUACUCUCCGCAUUUAUAUUAGCUUGUUUCAAUGUAAAUCUGCCUUUAUAAACCACACAUUAACUAAUUUAAAAAAUAUAGGUUCCUCUUUACACCUCCAAUUGUACCUUUACAAUAUGAUCUCAUUUGUACUUUUAAUGGUACCAAACCAGCGCCAUCUGUUAGGUAGCAACUCAAACUUAGUUGCUAGCAUGCAACCGAUAGAUGACGCUUAUAUUUAGUUUGCUAAAUUAGUGUAGUAAAUAUUUUUGUACGCUUGUUUCGUGAAUACGUCGAAUUUUGUGGAACUAUCUUAAUAUUUUCAGUGUAUCCGUCCCUUUCUUUUGAGUUAAUUUCUUAAUUUGAGAGAAAGUGACAAAAUACAUCACGAAUUUUAAAUAUUUUAGUAUAAUUAUUUUUAAUAUUAAUUGUGAAGUGCCCCGAUAAUAAGUAUCCGUUCACAUAGAGCGGCUGAUCGCAUUUAAAAUUGUUUUUAGGUAAUUGUAUCGUGGCGCAGCGGUGGUUACGUUGCAUUGCGUUAAUGAGGUUUCGAGUUUGAUCCCCGGCCGCGCCAAUUUAGGAAACGCACUUUUCAGAUUUGUCUCGGGUCCGAGUGUUGUGAGCGAUGCCCCCAGAUGUUCGACGCCCGGUUCCUCAUAUCACAGGGAAUCCUGGAGGAGCAGACGAUGGCGUGAUCAUGUGGCAUUUAUUAAUUUUGAAAGAAGAUUUUUUUACAAUUCUACCUUUUUGUUAAAUCUAAAUUAAGAGUGAAUAACAUUCGCCGUAUGCUCCCGGCAUAGAAUAGGCCACCCCUUCCUUUCCCGUAAGAGGCGAUUAAGAAGGCGUGAAAUGGGCAGCAGCGUGCCUCUUAAAACAUCUCUAAAAACUACGGUUGCCAAUCCGCCUGUCAAGCGUGUCAACAACUGGCUAAACUCCCCUUAUGGGGAAAGCUUAUGUUCAGCGGUGGACAGUUAAUGGCUAAAAAUAUAUGCUGUUACUCCUCGUUCGAAGCCAGGACACGUCGUUAUUGUAAAAAUAAAUCUUAUUUCAAUGAUUUAAAACUCAUAUUUCGGACACAAUCAAUAUACGGUUUCCUCAAAGCCAGCCUGUGUGAACGGGCGCUCAUUCAUUUUAAAUAUGUGUGACUGAAUAGGUUUUAUUUGCAUGCAAUUCUCUCUGUAUACUAGAUACAUUAACUUUUUGACCGCUCGCCAUCGCCUCGAUCGCCGCGCCCCCUAGCGCCCGGCUCAAAUCGGCAACUUUAUAUUGUACUUUACCUGCGACUUCCAAUCGUUACCCGUGAACCAAUCUUUAUAAAACUUGGUACAUACGUACUUUAUGGGAUGGAGAAUGCUAAAGGCUACCUUUUACCCGGUCACGCGAAGUCGCGUUGAAAAACUAGAUUAUAAUACAGUCUAAAUCUCGAUUAUUAUUAUUAUUCACAGCUCAAUUAGAGCUGUUUUUGAAAUGGUAUUAUGUAUUAAUUGGGUAAACAGGUUUUAU